UAACUGGUACAAUCGUGAAGUAGGUUGGCUUGGGUUGAAAGUCGCUUGUAGCAAAAAUGUUUCCCAGGCUCUGCCCUCGCGUACUCAGACGCUGAUCGCUCCACCAGCAACGAUUCCACAAGGAUCUUUUGCUCAAAGCCAUGCUGAAUCCAAGAGGCUGACGACAACGACAGAUCCGAAAUAAUCGCCAUUAUUCCAGCGCUGAAGUAGUUUUUUUGAUCAGAGAAAUCAGGAUGCCCGUGAGAGGCGGAGGAAGAGUUGCUUAUCCGAAUAAAAGCGACAAUGUUAGCUCAGGAAUGGAGGAGACGGUUUGGGAGCAGUACACUGUGACUUUACAGCGGGACUCUAAGAUGGGCUUUGGAAUUGCUGUGUCCGGGGGCCGGGACAAUCCAAACGUGGAGACCGGAGAGACGUCCAUCAUUGUGUCGGACGUGCUGCCAGGAGGACCGGCCGAUGGACUGCUCUUUGAGAAUGACCGCGUGAUGCAGGUCAACACCAUCACCAUGGAUAAUGUGCCUCAUUCAUUUGCUGUGCAGUCACUUCGGAAAUGUGGGAAAGUGGCCAAAAUAACUGUAAAGAGGCCUCGCAAGGUGGCUGUCCUCAAGCGCCCACCGUCCCCGAGCGGGGAUAGCCGCGAUUACAACAUAUCCAGCUAUUAUCCCGAGGACAACCGCAGCGUUCACAGUGACCCGGACUCUGAUUACCCUCGGGGAAACGGCGGCCUGGGCUACCCCCGCGAAAGAGAGCAUGACCGCAGCCUCGACAAGAGCCGGAUAGACUACCUGGAGCCGGAUUACCGCAGCCAGGACUACGACUCCCGGCAGGAAUGGAGCAGAGGCAGGAACACGGAGAGAUCACCCAGCUCUGACAGCGGCUACCGCAGGGACGGCAGCCGGGGCCGGACGCUGGAGCGCGGAUCCAGCCCAGAGCCUCGCUAUCACAGGCAGCACAGUAGAGGCCGCGGCGGGGGAGGAAGCCCUGCCGGAAGCUACGGGAGGGACCAGGGCUACAACACGCGGAGGUAUGACACUCGUUCGGAUGACAAGAUGAUCAGGAGUCACAGCAAGGACCAGCUGCAGGAUUGCUCACCGUCACCCAGCAGAGAGCGAGACAGAGGAAGAGACCGGUACAACGAUGAGCCCCUGGAGCCGCCCAUCAAUGUGAUGCUGGUGAAAAACAGGCCCAAUGAAGAGUAUGGCCUCCGGCUGGGCAGCCAGAUCUUCAUCAAAGAGAUGACCAGCACUGGAUUGGCUGCCAAAGAUGGAAAUCUCCAAGAGGGCGACAUCAUUCUCAAGAUCAACGGGACGGUGACCGAGAACCUCUCUCUGAGUGACGCUGGCAAGCUGAUUGAGAAAUCACGGGGCAGGCUGCAACUGGUGGUCCAGAGAGACCACCGACAGAUCUUGGUGCGCAUUCCUGCCCUGGCAGACAGCGACUCGGAGCCUGAUGAUAUUUCUGAGAUGGAGUCAUACCAUUCCUACUCACCUCAAGAUGACCAAAGGUCACGCCAGUCUGACCUCUCCUCACACUCUUCCAAUGACAUAGCACGAGAAAACGCCAGGGAAGAUCCUCAAAGCAGAUUGGCAAAGACUGCUGUAACUUCCUCUCCUUACAAAACUCCAGAGGAGCCACUUCCAGCCCAGGAGGAGAGAGUAGAACCACAGGAAGAACCACCACCACCAGCAAUAAAGACGACACCCAAGAUCCUGCUCAGACCGAGCCCAGAAGAUGAGGCCAUUUACGGGCCUAACACAGUGAUGGUGAGCUUUCAGAAAGGAGAGAGUGUUGGCCUGAGGUUGGCUGGAGGAAAUGAUGUGGGAAUAUUCAUAGCUGGAGUUCAGGAGGGCAGUCCGGCUGAAGAAGAGGGUCUUCGUGUAGGGGAUCAGAUCAUGAAGGUGAAUAACGUUGACUUUCGGGGUAUUGUGCGAGAGGAGGCCGUGCUGUUCCUGCUGGAGAUCCCGCGGGGUGAGGUCGUGACCAUUAUGGCACAGAAUAAAACUGAAGUUUAUGAAGACAUCUUGGUGUCCGGUCGAGGGGACUCAUUUUUCAUCCGGACUCAUUUUGAGUAUGAGAAGGAGCUGCCUCACUGUCUCGCCUUCUCCCGGGGAGAGAUCUUCAAGGUGGUGGACACCUUAUAUGACGGCAAGCUGGGAAACUGGCUGGCCAUCCGCUUGGGCAAAGACAACCAGCUGCUGGAGAAGGGCAUCAUUCCCAGCAAGAGCAGAGCGGAGCAGAUGGCAAACGUCCAGAACACACAUAAGGGCUCAGGAAGUGACAGGGCAGACUUCUGGAGGCUACGUGGUCAGAGGGCGGCCAAGAAGAAAGAUGUGCGGAAGAGCCGAGAGGAAAGUUCUGCGGCCGUUUCCACCCGCUUCCCUGCCUAUGAGAGGGUGGUGCUGAGAGAAGCGGGAUUCCGAAGGCCGGUUGUGCUGUUUGGACCAAUCGCUGAUGCUGCCAGUGAAAAACUGGCCGCGGAGCUUCCGGACGAGUUUGUAAUUGCCAAAACUGAACCCAAAGACGCAGGGUCGGAAAAAUCCUCCGGGGUGGUUCGUCUCAACACUAUUCGACAGAUCAUUGAACAGGACAAGCAUGCUCUCCUGGACGUCACCCCUAAAGCUGUGGACACCCUGAACUACACGCAGUGGUACCCCAUAGUCAUCCUCCUUUUCCCGGACAGCAAACAUGGGGUGAAGGCGAUGAGACAGAGGAUCAUCCCCAGCUCUAACCGCAGUGCCCGCAAACUCUACGACCAAGCUCUGAAGCUCAGGAAAACCUGCUCACACCUGUCUACCGCCGUUAUCGAUCUGAACUCGGCUAAUGAUGCCUGGUACGGCAGUUUGAAGGAGACCAUACGAGACCAGCAGACCCACGCUGUGUGGGUCUCAGAGGGGAAGCUGGACGGGACGGAGGGGGACCUUGACGUUCAUGACGAUCGCAUGUCGUAUCUCUCGGCCAUGAGCGCAGACUAUCUCAGCAUGGACAGCCGGCUGACCAGCGACUGUGAUGACACGGCGGACGAGGGCGGGACUUACACAGAUAACGAAACAGACGAGCUGCUCGAUCGCCAGCGGGUGUCGGCCAUCAGCCGCUCCUCUGAGCCAGUCAUGCCAGAGGAGGUUAGAGCACGCAUGCACACGUUUAACAUAUCUACAGGGUUCCCACUGCCAUGGAAAACCUGGAAAUAUCAGAGAAGAUGCGCGUAGUUCCGCUCACAUGCAUGCAUACUAAUUCCAAAACAUAUGGACACAUACAUCUUUCACAGUGAUGGGCGAACUGCAUGCACAUGCAUUGACAUCUACACACUUAAACAUGCUUGCUGAAAUGGCAUCCCUCACAGCUGCCUAGAUCAGCACAAAGUCAGCUAUGUAUUCAAGAAAAG